AUGGCAACAACACAGCAACAGCCAUCGAGCGAUUACGUGACGCUCGUGUCGUGCGAUGGCUACGAGUUUGUAGUCCGUCGCUCAUGUGCCUGCGUUGCUGGUGCGCUCCGUCGCAUGCUCGAUCCCAACAGUAGCUUUAAUGAAGCCGUGACUGGACGAGCAGUAUUGGAAAACAUCAAUGGUAUCGUGCUCGAGAAAGUGUGCGAGUACUUUUACUAUAAUGAAAAGAACAAGGAUGCCCGGGACGUGCCGGACAUGGAUAUUCCGCCAGAGCUAUGCCUCGAGCUGCUCAUGGCGGCGGACUAUUUGAACACGUAA